AUGAAUAAAGAUUUGAAAAAAUUUGAAGAGCAAAACAAUAUCAUUACUGAUGAAACUCUUUACUUCUUUGAUGAAAAGGAAUAAGAUAAGAUUUUAGAUGCCAGACCAUGGAGAAGUGAUCCUCGUUACUUCAAGAAGUGCAAGAUUUCUUUGCUUGCUCUUUUGAAAAUGCUUUCUCAUGCUAGAAUGGCUGGUUCAAAUGAAGUUAUGGGUUUACCUCUAGGAAAGAUUUAGGGUGAUACAUUUUUAAUUAUGGAUGUCUUUGCAUUACCAGUUGAAGCAACAGAAACUAGAGUUAGUGCUGGUGCAGAAUGCAAUGAAUUUAUGAUUUAGACUAUUGAAUUAUUAGAAAAGGCAGGAAGAAAGGAAAAUGUUAGAGGAUGGUAUCAUAGUCACCCUGGUUAUGGUCCUUAUCUUUCAGGAACAGAUGUUAUGACUUAAAGAUUACAAUAAGUUGGUGAUCCAAUGGUUGCAAUAGUUAUUGAUCCAAUUAGAACUAUGGUUAGUGGUAAAAUACAAAUUGGUGCUUUUAGAACUUAUCCUUAGGAUUAUAAUGCACCUGAUGAUGAUCACAGAGAAUUUUAAUCAAUCCCUCUUGAAAAAAUUGAAGAUUAUGGUAUCCACUAUAAAAGUUACUACUAGCUUGAAGUAAGCUUCUUUAAAAACUCCCUUGAUAAUUAACUAAUUGAAAUAUUGUGGAAUAAAUAUUGGAUUAACACUGUUACAUCUUCCUCUUUGAUUGUAAAUAACCACUAUUUCGUUACAGGUUUGAACGAUCUCUCAAGUAAAAUUUCUAACCAAAAAUCUAAAAGCAAAAAGUCUGAUUAUUUGCUCACUCUAGACGAACUUUUAGGAAAGAACUCUGCUCAAGAAAAAGAGCCUCUUAAAUAUGCUUUAGAAAAGAAUCAAGCAGUUUUGAGUGAGUCUAUUAAGAAUCUCCUCUUCUCAUAUAAAAUUUGA